GCUUUCCCCUUCCUCGGCUGCGUCUCCCUCAUCUCCGUCUCCUCCGCACUCGACCGACCCCGACUAGAAACACUUUUGCGAGCCGCCCCCUGCCCCCGCGCCCUAUUCCCACCCGCCGCCACCCCACCCCACCCCCCCGCGGCGGCCCUCCCCCAAUCCGACGGCUCCUGCGCGCGCCACGUCGCCGUCGUCUUCCUCCCCCCAUCCACUAUUUACCCUCCACACCCGCUCGCCCUCCCUUCCUCACAACUUCCCCCCUUUUCCGUCCCGUCCCCUCCCUCGUCGCCGCGCGCGCUAGGGUUAGGGUUUCGCCGCAUCCCGGCCGCUCCGCCCGCCUGGGGUCGUUCCGGUGGGAAGCCAUGGCGAUCGUGAGGACCGGAGGCGGCGUCCGCCUCCCCAGGCUUGACGGCGGCGCGGAGGCCUCACUGGAGGCCACGGAGGACGAAGACGAGGAGGAGGAGGGGUCACGGGCAACGCCGUCGCAUGAGUCCGAUGCCGACGGCUUCUCCGCCGAGGAGGAGAACGGCGGAGGAGGAGGAGACGAUGAGCCAGAGGCGGAGGAGGAGGAAGAGGAGUUCGAGGAAGAGGAGGACGAGGGGGACUCGGGGAUGGGCUCCGACGAGCUGGACGUUGCGGAGCUGGGCGAGCCCAGCACGGAGAUGUGCCAGGUCGGGGACCAGAGCAUGGCCGUGCCGUUGGAGCUCUACGACCUCGAUGGUCUCGGUGACGUGCUCUCACUCCACGCCUGGAAUGACCUGCUCAGCGAUGACGAGCGUCUGCGCCUCGCCGCCUUCCUGCCCGAUAUGGACCAGGAGACCUUUGCGCGCACACUCGUCGAGCUCCUCGCGGGGCAAAACUUCCACUUCGGGAGCCCCCUCGCCGAUUUCCUCAAGCGCCUCAAGGGCGGGCUGUGUGACCCGAGGGUCAAUCUGUACCGCCGCGGCAUUCGCUUCGUGGAGCGGCGCAAGCAUUACUACUGGCUGCAGAGCUACCACAACUCCAUGGUACGGAGGCUCCGGGAGAUUAAGGAUUGCUGGAAGGGCCGCGAGGGAUACAGCCUUGAUGAGAGGCUGAGGAUGUUGGACACGAUGAAGGCAAAGCAGCAGCACCAACAACAACAGCAGAGAAAAGCUCUAGAUUUCACAAGGCGGGCUGGGUCGGAGACUGAUUCAGAGAGCAGGGGAUCUGGGGAACAGGUCUUAGCUCGACCCAAGCACGAUAAGAGUAGGCAGAAGAAGGCAGGGAAGUUAGCGAAGGAGAAGUCGAAGGGGCUGUUGCGGGUGGGUACACCGAAAGGAGUGGAUGAGGAUGACAUGGGAGGGUCUGGCCGUGAUGCUGUGGUGGCACUCUCUGAGCUUUCUCGUCGAGGGUAUGAUUCUGGCACACAUAGAGGGAAGCUUCACAGGAGCAUAGAUGGCCUUUACUCGGAGUCGGAGGACCUUGGAUAUGAAAGGGAUUCGUCAAGACCUCGGUUUCCGAGGCCGCUUCCCAAGCCAGUGAAGAAGGAAUUGUCUACGAGCUGUGAUGUCAAUCUGUAUGCAAAUAACUACAGUGAUAACCAUACUGCAUCUCCUUACUACUACAGCAGGAAUCUCAGUGCUAAUCAGGGAGUCACCUUAGCAGCAGCAUAUGAUCCUCCAUAUUUUGAUACCAGAAGGAAUGCAAGGUACUUGGAGAGAGACUGGGUGCAAGGUGGAAAAGGUGUGCACAUUAACGCUUUAAUGGGUGAUGAGAUGAACUUGCCAGCUGGUAAUCACACUGGUAACUCAGAUGACUGGCAGAAGGGGCAAUCUGCAGGUGAUUACAGGAGCAGGAAAGAUCAAGCUGGCUAUGGUCUGAAGGUUAAGUCCUAUAAAAGUAUUGAGAAAGAGGUUAAUGAUGCCCGUGUUGGUUCUGACCCUAGAAGCAAGAUAUCACAAGCGAAGGUGGCAGGUAAAUCCAGUAGACAACUAGAUAGGACUGGCCAGAAGCACUGGAGCAAUGCUGUCUAUGGUCAAAGUGACGAGACAGAAUCUGAUUCAUCAGAAAAGUUUGAAGAUGGCAGGGAAGCACAUUAUCUCGAGCGGAAGCCAGAGCGUCACCAUUCUGGGUAUCAUAGACCAGCACAUGGUGCCAAAAAAUCAAACAAGCUUGCUAAAGUGGCCAAAAUGAACUAUCCUACUGCUGAUGCAGAUUUAGAACCUUCCCAGAGCAAAGGAUUCAAAGGGAAGGUUUCAGAGACUGGUUAUUUACGUGAUGUGGAUGUGAUGAUGACAGGACAGAUUAGUGAUGUCAUGAAACCUCUAGCAGCAAGUGGUGAAAGGAAACGCAAAGGGGUGGCAAAUUUGGACAUGCGUGUUUAUGAUAACUCUGAUCUGCAUGAAGUCAAUGAAGAUGCAAAUGACUCUUUCAGGUUGGCGGAAUAUGAAAGGCUUGCCAGUAGAUCAGGCCAUGCAGUCCAAGAUUCUAAUGGUGGUUAUGGUGGUACUGAAAGAACCAGCUCUAGCUCCAAAAAAGCAAAAGGAAGAGUCGAAGUUCCUAGCCUGGAUGAGCAUGGUGAGCAUUUGUCAUCUGGCCCAAAGGUUGUUGAGAACACUGGUGGAUCCAAGAAGAAAAGCAAAAAGAAGCCAGAGAGCAGCACCACAGAUGCAGUUAUUUUAGCAGAACCAGCUGUUGCUGUACCUGAAAAUAAUGUGAUAGCUGCAGAGCCUGAGAAGGUUGAGAAGCCCAAGAAGAAGUAUGUACCGAUAACACCAACGAUCCAUACUGGUUUUUCAUUCUCUGUUGUACAUCUUUUAACUGCCGUAAAGAAGGCUAUGGUCACUCCUGCUGAAGAUACUCCUCCAGCCACAGCGACACAACCGGAUGGAGAGGAGGGCAAAAAGUGGUUCAACAGUGGAGAGCGCAGCAAAACGCCCCAUCAAGAACAAAGUGCAACAGAUCAAACUGAACAGGUCCUUGAGGGUGCAAAUGCCAGUGCUGUAGAACAGACUGUACCAAUCAAUACACCAGCGCUUACUGUUCAAGAGAUUGUCAAUCGAAUUAGAGCAAAUCCUGGAGAUCCUAGGAUACUUGAAACACAGGAGCCCCUCCAGGAUUUAGUUCGAGGAGUAUUAAAAGUACUUUCAUCUAGAACAGCUCCUCUAGGCGCAAAGGGCUGGAAAGCACUAGUUGCCUAUGAGAAGUCAAACAAAAGUUGGUUCUGGGUUGGUCCAGCACCUUCUGUUUCAUCAUAUGAUGACCCCGAUGAAGAAACCUCUGCUGAAGCAUGGAGUAUACCACACAAGAUGCUCGUUAAGUUGGUCGACGCAUUUUCUAAUUGGCUGAAAAGUGGUCAGGAAACCCUUAAGCAGAUAGGUUCCCUCCCACCACCUCCACCGCCAAAUCCUGCAAACUUGGAUCUGAAGGAAAGGUUCAAGGAGCUUAAAGCGCAGAAGAGUCUGAACACAAUAAGCCCGAGCUCAGAUGAAGCGAGGACAUAUUUCCAGCGUGAGGAAUUUCUGAGGUACUCAAUACCUGAUAGAGCAUUCUGCUACACCGCUGCUGACGGGGAGAAGUCUAUAGUUGCACCCUUGAGAAGAGGAGGUGGAAAGCCAACAGCGAAAGCGAGGGGCCACCCCAUGCUCUUACCGGACAGGCCGCCGCACGUCACCAUCCUGUGUCUCGUAAGGGAUGCCGCGUCUAGGUUGCCUGCAAGGACUGGAACCAGAGCCGACGUCUGCACACUGCUCAGAGAUUCACAGUACCUAAACCAUGAAGAAGCCAACAAAGAGGCCGCAAUUAAUCAAGUCGUCAGUGGAGCUCUCGACCGUCUGCAUUACGAGCGCGACCCUUGCGUUCUGUAUGACAACGACAAAAAGCUGUGGACCUAUCUGCACAGGGGCAGGGAGGAGGAGGAUUUCGAGGACGACGGCACGUCGUCUACAAAGAAAUGGAAGAGGCCAAGGAGGGAUGUCUCCGAUGCUGCAGAGCCAGGUGCAGCGAAUGAUGAUAUCGACGACGAUGGCGCUGGCACCCCUCCAUCAAACAAUGUGAAAAAACAGAAGACAACAUUGUCAGGAGAAGCUGCCAACGAUGAGGGAAAUCAUCCGACUCAGAAUCCGGCUUCUGGUGGCCUGGAAGGUGAUUCUGAUCUCAAUGCUGUUCCGUCUUCAAAAUUUUUUGAAGAACCAUGUGGAGAUGCCUACAUUGAUGCAAGACCAGAUGACGGUGGCCCAAAUUCAGUAGAUGCGAAACCGGGCAGCACAGCUGACGACAACACGGCACUCCCUGGGAACACCGGCAUGGACGCUACCACCCCACCAUGAAUAAAGAACGUAUCAUGGUUCAAUCAGCUAGAGAUUUGCUGAAGGGUCAGCGUAGGUAACUUGUGCAGAAACCGUAUCUCAUCUGCGUUGUUCUUAUCGCUACAGUUGGCUAGUAUUAGGAGAGUUUGAUUCAUUUUUAGUGUUGCUUCUCUUCCCCUCGAAGCUGACAGUAAUGUAAACUAGAAAUGCUAAGAUGGGGGUUUUUCAGCAUACCUCGUUCUGUUUUAUAGUGAAGUUGCCAUGUUAUACUUUCAGCGGGAUUAUAUUAUCACCAUCUUAUAGUUCUUUUUUUUUACAUGCGAUUAUCUUAGGGUGGCCUGUGGUUAUAUUGUUUGUAAACAGGCAACUUUCUUCCAGAUGUUGAUUACCGAUUGUUCUUA